AUGCCACAAUUGAGCCAACUGCAGUUGCCCGCGUACCUUGUAAGGAGUGACCCCCAAAAUAAGGGGAUGCCUCUGGCGACAAGAAUUCAACCUGAAGAAGCCUCGGGCCGUGUCAUUCAGGCUGUUGACUCACUGGGUACAGCGGUCAUGCGACAUAAAUAUUAUUUGAUGACGGAGAUCCUAGGGGCGCAGGUGCCAAGCUUCCAGCACCCUCGAGUUCCUCCUUUUCCCCUUCCCUCCCCCGCGCUGAGGAUGCUCCGGCACCAGCGUUUCGCCAUUCAUCAACCGGUUCACACCGGUGGCGGCCGCCGAGAGGUGACGUCCGCGGGGGGCGGACUCCCGCCCCCGCUCGUCUGCCGGAGCCCAGGAUCCCGGGCCGUGAUUGGCGGCCGGCCGCCGCUGCCGCCCCGCGACGACCACCGCCACCCCCUGCCCUGCAGCCGCCGCCACCGCCGCCGCCUGUAUCGCCGCCGCCUCGGGACCGGCUUAGUCGUCGCACCACUGCCUCCAGGGCUGGGAAUCUGCGAGCGGCCCCCCCAUCCCGCCUUCGCCUUUGUUCAGGGCCCUGUUCGCGCUCUCUGCGAUCCUGGGCUGCGGCCGGGUUGGUCCCGAGUGAGCGGGCGGGUUACGGUCCCGUGGCGGCCGGUGGCCACCGGCUACGGAAAGGCGGACGCCCGGCCCUUGGGGCUGCAGGAUGGCGGUUGGUCACCCGAAGCAUCGGCUUCCACAUCCCCUCCGAGCGCCCGGCAAUGGGGACCCUGCGGCCCGACCAGCGCGGCGGGCGGAGAUAGUUUCGACUGUCGCAGCGGGCUGGGCGGGGUGGCACAAAAGCCGCUUUGUGACUGCCGCCCCUGCCCUCGGCCCUUGGGCCUGGCGCGCCGGGUCCAGGCCCAGUGGGUUCCUUGGCGUCCCGGGGCCCCUUUGUUCAGCGGAAGGAGAGUGGCCGCACUGGGAGCGGGAGACGUGGCCCGGGGUGGGGCGAGGGCUGCGCGUGUCACUGCGGAGCCGGAUACGGGAGGGCGCGGCGGCGACGGGGUCGCCACCAGAUGUGGGCCGGCGUGGGGUAGGCGGGGCGGCCCGUCUGGUAACGGUCUCGGCCCAGAGCCCUCAGAGCUCGGGGGCCGGCGCGGGACAGGAGCCUGGUGCAGCCACCCCCAUGCUGCGAGGCCGGGACCGGAGCCUCAGACAAAAUGGCCCCGGCGCCCGCGCCUUAAGUCAGGCGCGGCGCGAACCCGUGAUUGCGGCGCGGAGAAGGGGCGAGGCAGGCGGGCCCGGGCGCGCACCGCAGCGUGCGUCGAGCGGCGGCCAUCGGGGACAUUCCGGGAGCUUCCCUGCUGCCCGGACCCGGCUCAGUUAGCAGUUCUGUGGUGUUCUUGGUCACACAUUUAUGGAGUUUCUGAAGGGCAGUGGAGAUUACUGCCAGGCACAGCACGACCUCUAUGCAGACAAGUGAACUGUAGAAAUCAUUACUACUCCACCAAGAAGCCCCCAUAAGAGUGGUUAACCUGGACACAGAAGUAUUGAAUUGAAAAUCCACAGAGCAUUUUACAAGAGUUCUGACCUGGAUGGGGUAAACCUCAGUGCACUUCCUUUCUAUUGCCUCAGUAUUACUGGAUUGAAGAAUUGCUGCUUCUUGUUAGGAGGUUCAUUUCAUUUCCCAUUACUCCCAACUUCAUACUCAAAGCACUGAGAAUAUCAAGUGGAGUGUAUUGAAGUAGACUUCAGUUACUUUGCAUCAUUUCUGUAUUCAGUUUUUUAAAUUCUUUCUUAACCCUA